AUGGAAGCCAAAAAGGAGCCGAUCUCGGUUCAAGUGUACGUGCGCCCGUUGGAAAUCGCCCUACCAGCGGAUCUAACAAAUUCGGAGCCAUCAGAAGCGCCUCCACCACCACCGCCUCCGCCGCCACCACCUCUUCCUGCACAAGCGCCGCCAAGGGUUUGGUCGACGAUGUCUGCACGAAUCGAAGCCGAAACCUCAGUGAAGCGAUGGUCGACGCCGGUCGUGAAGACAGAAGAGGGUCAACCGCCCGGACCGAACGAUCAUCCAUCAACAAAAGAAGGUCGGACUCGUGAAGGAAACGUGAAAACAAUCACACCCAGCUAUAAACUUGGCACUGAAAAACCAAGCACUGAACUCAAGCUUGGAACAAGUGGAUAUCUACCCAAUGAGAAAGGAGACUAUAAAGUAAGCAUGCGACAUGAAGACUACAAACUCACUGUCAUUGAUCCCAAAGUGCGCUCCAAUGCCAACAUGCCGCUCCACUCAACAACGCUUCCAGACGCGAAGCGGCCAGUGGCCGGCGACUUCCCCAGUCAGCACAGCAAACGGAGUCUAAUCAAGUUGGAGCCACUUGAACAAAGGCGAUUCAAGAGCGUCGAAUCUCGUCCGAUUACCACCAGCAACUACCUGACUGAGAGUGUCGAGCGGCAUCGCGAGAUGGAGGCCAGUCGCUUGCGAGACUACCUUAAAGCCAAGGAAAGCGAUGCGAACAAGCCCUGGAACAAACCCGGAUGGCCUGGACCGAAGAAAAGUGACGACGAGAGUCUUCGUGAGCUCGAACACAUCAAAAAGUCCAUCGAAACGCUCCAGAAGGUAGCGACGACAUCCACGCGGGACCACCUCCACAUGGAGGACGACGAGUAUGAACCGCCGUUCUCGGUACGACGACUGCGCCAGGUGUAUCUGGAUAGGAUCAGCGGCUUAUCUGGAGCCGCCCGUCCAGGUCCACGAAGGAUCACUCCGCUGGGUGCUUCAGUUACCCCAUCGCUACCGUAUAUUCCAGAAGAUGAUUCUGACGAGGAACAACGUCUAACGCAAUCGCAUCGAACCAGCUCCGAGACUACACUAAAUCGACAAAGUGGUGAAAAGAAUAAUAAAUCCCUACGUUUCGAACCACCGCCAGCACCAGCACACCCCCAAAAAAAUCCUGCUGCUAAUCGCUCAGAGCGAACACAUGUCACACCUUCAUUGAUUUCCGUGAAUGUCACUACAGAACCAGUGCGAAGUGAGCAUCAACCAUCAACUAACGGAGGUGGACGAUCACGAGACGUCUCACGGGGCCCCGACGAGGAUUACCCGGAGCGGUUGAUGAGCCCACCUCCUACAAAGGAGCCACGAUCAAUAAUCAAACAAGGCUAUUACAGUAGUCAACAGAAUCUGCAUUCUAAUAGCUCAACCAUGCAAGUGGAUAGGGGGGAAUCAAGAACUCUGCAGAGCAAGAGCACCAGCUUCAAUGACCUUCCAGAAGAGCAACGAUACCGCAUCAUGCAAGAGAAUCUGGAAAGACUGAGAAGGAGUCGUGCCACCACCCCAAAACCUCCUGUGACCUCUUUCAAUGGGCCGUUUUUCAAACUCGAGGAAGUCAACGCUUCAAAGAAUGAAGUCGUACUUAGCAAUGGUGGAAACGACUACUCUCUUCGAGAAAUGAAUGAGAGUAGGGCUUCUUUUGCUGACUCUCGAGCAUUGUCAGCAUCAGAAGCAGAACUUUCUCAGAUUAAAGAUGCAUCCGUUGUGAUUUGGCCCCCGCUCAAUGACAAAAAACAGCCUCGAUCGCAGUCCGUGAUGGCGAGGAGCAUCACUGAUCCCGAACGGAUAAAUGAAUAUCGAAGGCAGAAACAAAUGGAAGAGGAAGCAAUGCGUAGACAUGAGGAGGAGAAGGUGAUUGCUAUGACCAAACAGAUGCGAGCCAUGCAAGUGCAACAGCAGAGGCUGUAUGAACAGCGUCAUGGAGUCACGUCACCUGUACAAUUUAUUGACGUCAUCGACAACACUCCCUAUUCGUCACAGCAGCAACUGCCAAUCAGAUACGGGCAAUCACCAGCUCCAGGACAGAUGUCACCGGAUUAUGGCUACGAUCCACAUCGUAUGCGAGUCUAUGAAACAAGGCCAAUUUCGGCGCUUUCUGAGAUGUCAGACACUGGACUGCAUAACACAUGGAAAAGAACCUAUAUUGUGGAAAAACCUGACGAUAUAGCAAAGAAUGAGAUUUUACGCAGCGCACAAUUACUCGAGCGGGAACAGUACGAUGUGGAUUUGCUUAAGCGUCGAGCAGCGUUUGUCGAAAAACCGGAAGAAAAACCCGAAAUUAUAAGAACAGGUCGCAAAUGGCAACCACCACCCGAGAAACCAUACGUGUGGCCCUCAGUUCCUCGAGCAGCUUCAGUGGAUAUUAGCGUCCCUCCUAUCGAUUACAACAUGGCUCGCUCCACUGAGAAUGUCGAAUAUCAGUGGGCUCCCGUUGUCACUGAUCCCGGAUUCAAACAAGAAAGGAAGAAUUUUACACCAACAAAUAGCCCACCUAUGUCGCCUAGACGGGGUCAUGGCACGGGCCCACUGGAUGAAGCUGCGAAGCGACAAACAAGAUAUGUGAUACAGCCCUCACCCGAUGGUAGUCACCGGCCAAAGCCAGCAUUCCGAAAGGAGCGCGUUACUCCAAGCGGAGGAUUUUAUCCUCAUGCUCCUAAUGCUGUUAAAAUAGUGAAAUAUCGGCCAGCAUCAGCUCAAGGCCUAUUGGCGCCUGUAGAUGGCACUACCGAAGAAAACGUAGACGUAAUUCAUCAACGGAACUUCCAUAGAGUUGACGGAGGGUACCGAAACUCGCCCAGUAAUGGUGAGCACCAUGAUCGCAAAGCUAUGCGAAAAUCACAGCCAUCGAUAAAUGACUGGGAAAAGAUCUACGACUUGCCUCCGCAUUCGUCCACGAUUGUUGGCAAAGAUGUGCCGACAAAUAUCAACGUAAAGCGACGACUGUCGCACUUCCAAGGCUCUGUGCAGAAUCUGCAACGUCGUCAGGAAAAUGCUCGAACGUAUCAGGAAAAUGCUCGAUCGUACAGUAUGGAUGGGUCGCUUCCGUACCUCGAACACGGCUCUAUGCGUGAUGUUUCAAGUCCACAAGCAUCCACGCCUCGACAAGAUCGUAGCCAAAGCUCUAGUAGACGAGAGACCCCUCGUCAGCAAAGUCGACGAACACAUCAAGAACAGCGCCCCAGUACUUCGGGUCAGAACAGUCGCCCAUCCUCCUCUGUGCCAAUUUCACCAGCAUCACGCUCUGACACCCCGACAGCGAUUCGCGUUCGAACGAAAAUGGGCCAAGUGACCGCCCCAGGUCCAUCGCCCAAAUCGUACGACAGGGCAAGACAAUACGUGCCUCGCCCUCUACCGCCAGGUUACAGGCUCGGGGAUCCGGCGCCCGACCCUCGGGCCUUGUCACCAGCACCCGGCCACACAAAACGAAUGAUUCGUAACGUGGCUGCCAAUCAACCCCCAAAGAACGAAGAUUUGGAUGAGUUGGCAAGGAAGGGUGAGCAACUGCUUGAACGGUCGCGAGAGCGUCGUGCCGGCUACAAGCUCAUCGACUCGGAAAUCGUCAAAGAGGGACCCGAACCUGUUCCUCAAGCAUUCAAAGAUCAAGUUCGCGAUCUGCUUGAGUCGCGAAAUUCGCUCGAAACGUCCACCACCAAGGAGCACGAUCGUUCCGGAUAUGUCACGGAUGUUUCAACAGCUACGUGGCAAUUUUCUACGCAAUCAUUUUCGCCGCGAUCAAUUGUCUCAGUGAAUGGUGCAAGAGAUGACAUUCUCAAGAGAGAAAAGGAGAGAGUGUGGCCGUCGUACGCGGCGCAAGAAUCGACGUCGGUGGCCGAAUCCGGGCGCUCGUCGCGACAAAUGCAAGAGGUAUACGACCGCAAAGUCGAGCGAUUCGCGUCGAUGCCGCUGCUCACUGCUGCUGAUCGUACCUUUAUUAGAGUGAAGGAUGAUAAGCCAAGGAGCAUAAUGAAGCGACGAGAGCUAGAGACCAGAGAUCAGAUGCUACAUCCAUCGGCUGAAAAUCAGCUCAUGGAACGACAAUAUCACAGAACUCAAAGUAACGUCAGCAAGCCCUCCGUAACCGAAACUGUGCAACGUUUCGAAGAGACUCGCAGAACUGAAGAAGUCGAACGACGUGUGCAACGAAAAGAACGUCGUGACCGUCGUUCCAGACAGCAUUCAUCGUCGCGUCAACAUGCUUCGCAUGGUUCUCGCGACAAUUGGGAGAAUGGAUAUUCUGAGCGUCGCAUCGUUUCUGUUCCACCGCAACGUAUCGUCUAUCAAGAGUCGAAUCGUGCCAUGAGCGAAGCCGAGAUUGACAAAGUGGUCCGUGAAGCGUACGCAGCAGCCGAUGAGGCUCGCCGUGAUCACUAUCGUAUGCGCAGCAGUUCUCUCUCGCGCGGUGGUGGUGCCGUAAAUGGCUACCUGCCAGCCAGCCAAGAGACUUACUACCGUCAAACAAGCACAAAGAGAGAGCGCGAUCUUCGAGAUAAUAAUCAAAGAUACGAGGAUGAGCACUUCGGCAGAGGACUCGCACAUGCUCGUUACGGAUCGCUCAGCGAUUCGCUGCGUCGUGGCGAACUGAAGUAUAUACCAAAUGGAGAAGUUCGCGAAUCGCAUUGGAGCCAGCAGCAGCAGAGUCGCGGUGGAGGAAUGAACAACAUGCACAAGAGCUAUUCUACCCGCGAUGUAUUCGGAGGGGACUAUGAUCGUCGUUCAAACUCAUCUUAUCGACGUGGAAGCCAACAGAUGUCACCAUUUGUCGAAUUCCCACCAACUCUACCUAGAAGAUCAGAGCGCGAUAGCUACAGGCCCGUGAGCAAAAGCCGCAGCUAUGCGGACUGGGAUGACAUGGGAAGAGCUGGCUUUGGAAACAACGGGCGGGAAGUUAGACGCUAUGACGAUGAUAUGUCCCGCUUGGAGGCUGAAUUCCGCGAUUCGCUGCUGAUGCCACUGCCGAACGGAAACAUGCAUGAAAGAGACUACCGAACCGAGCACAUCCCAGGCGGAUAUGAGACAUUCCAGAAGGACAAUCGUGCCAAUAGCGGCAGACGAAUCGGCAAGGACGGGCUUCCCGUAGAUUACAGUGAAGCAACACAAGAGUACAGCUAUAAACGUGAACAAGAGAUGGACCGCCGACGCUGAUAGCGACCGACAAUGCCACGACUUGCGACACAUCGACGCGAUCCAUGCACGAAACAGACCGACCUCUGCUAUUUGUGUAGUUGUUUGCUCCCAACCAACUCAUCCAACUGUCCCAAUCCAUAAACAGACGUAAACACACGGUGAAAAACAGUUGUACUCCUUCAUUCGGUUGUAUGCUUUUUUGGUUUUCGUUUUCUUUUUUUACAGCUAUGUUUAUGCCGGGCGCCAUUUCCAGAUACUGAUUAAUUCACUUACUAGCAAAGUUUUUGCAUAAUCAUGUAUGCUAGUUGCCUACUGAGUUUUUUCUUUUAAUCACGUUACGUAUUUUCGACAUUGUGCUAAGAAAGAUACGCCCUUGUGUGCCAGAAAUUUUCAUUUUCUUACUACUUUGUGUUUUCUAUUGCUAUUUGAAACUGAAUUCAUUUGUAACUUUUCUACUUACCGUAUUCGACUCAGAAAAGUUGAUUUGCUCAGCCUAUCUGCCUUUGUCCCGAAUGUAUUGGAUUUGUGAAGAUGAAGAAGAAUAAAGAGCGUAUUUUUAUUUCAUUAAAAUAUAUAGUUACAAAGCAAAAAAGUUGUUAUCUCCCAAUCUCUGUCACCCC